AUGCCUACCAAGCGGUUCUUGGGCCUCAAUGGCACCAAGCUCCAGGUUGCUAUCGGUGUUCUGGCCGGUAUGGAUUUCCUGCUUUUCGGUUACGAUCAGGGUGUCACAGGUGGUCUGCUCACCCUCAAAUCCUUCGUGAAAUAUUUCCCGAGCAUUGAUACCACCACCGAUGACUCGAGUGCGCAAUCUACUCGUCAGGGUAUCACCGUCGCCGCGUACAACUUGGGAUGUUUCGCUGGUUCUAUUCCCACGAUCUGGGUCGGUAACAUGCUCGGUCGCCGCAAGGCUAUUUUCCUCGGUUCUUUCAUCAUGGUCAUCGGGGCUAUCCUGCAGUGUACCUCGUACGAGCUCGCCCAGCUGGUCGUCGGCCGUUUGGUUACUGGCUUCGGAAACGGUAUCAACACUUCUACUGUUCCCACAUGGCAAUCUGAGUGCUGCAAGUCUCACCGUCGUGGCCAGCUGGUCAUGAUCGAGGGCGCCAUGAUUACCUGCGGUAUCACGAUCAGCUACUGGAUUGACUUCGGUCUGUUGUUUGCCGAUCCUAAUGAAGUUGCCUGGCGAUUCCCGCUUGCUUUCCAGAUCUUCUUCGCUGCUAUCAUCUUGGGCUUCGUUAUGUUCCUUCCCGAGUCACCCCGUUGGCUCAUUCUGAAGGGUCGCGAGGAGGAGGCUCGUGAAGUUUUGACCUGCCUGAUGGGUGACGAGACCGACGAGGUAUUCAUCGACACCGAAUUCACCGCUAUCAAGGCAACCGUUCUGGAGAUGUCUAAGGGUUCGUUCCGCGACAUGUUUACCAUGGGUGAGGACCGUCACUUCCACCGUGUUGUGCUGGCCUACGUCAACCAGAUGUUCCAGCAGAUCUCUGGUAUCAAUCUGAUCACCUAUUAUAUCCCCACUCUGCUCGAGAACAAUAUCGGCAUGAGUCCCAUUAUGUCUCGUCUGAUUGCUGCUCUCAACGGUACCGAGUACUUUCUUGCGUCGUGGGUUGCCGUGUUCACAGUCGAGAAGUUUGGCCGUCGCUCCCUGAUGAUCUUUGGCGCCGUCGGCAUGUCACUUUCUAUGGUUAUCCUCGCCAUCACCGACAAUAUCUCUUCAAACCAUAAGCAUACCCCGAAGGGAACCAGUGCCGGUAUUGCCCAGACUGUAUUCCUCUUCGUCUUCAACACAUUCUUUGCCAUUGGCUGGCUUGGCAUGACAUGGCUGUACCCGGCCGAGAUCGUCCCUUUGAAGAUUCGUGCUCCGGCCAACGCCCUCUCCACGUCCGGCAACUGGAUCUGGAACUUCAUGGUCGUCAUGAUCACCCCCGUCGCUUUUGCCAACAUUGGGUAUCAGACUUAUGUCAUUUUCGCUGUCAUUAAUGCCGCUAUUGUCCCUGUCGUCUACUUCUUCUUCCCCGAGACCACCUGCCGCUCCCUGGAAGAAAUGGACCUUAUCUUCCACAAGACCACUAACGUCUUCAACGUCGUCAGUCUCGCUAAAAGUGAGCCCCACAUGUACGGUCCCAAUGGUGAGCUCCUCCGAACCCUCGAUGACAUCGAAGACGAGGCUGUUCGCCGCGCCAGUGUCCUUAGCAACCCUGCCAAGAUUGCCGAGCGCACUCACCGCGAGCACAUUGAGCACAAUGAGAAGGCUAGUGAUAGCAACUCUAGUGAGGAGAAAUAA